GAUGGCCCCACAGAUUUGAGUGUUAUUGUAUAGUAUUACCGGUACCUUCCAACCUCCAAUGAUUUCGAUCUUUUCAUUUCCCAACGGCUCCGGUUUUCCCUUUCUUUCCUUUUAUAAAUACCGCAACCCUCUGAUAUCUGUCUGAAACCUCUUUCUCCGUUAUCUGGACUUUUCUUCUUCCAUGGCUGCCCUUCUCGAUCUCACUCCCGCUUUUGGAGGAUUCCGUACGACCAGAUGGCCAGAAAAUAGCCGGAUCCCCGGGAAUGGAAUCCGUCGUCGGGGUCCCAGAAAAUUGAGUGGCAGAGGUUGCAGGGCCAUGGUGCAGCAGACAGUUCAGGGUGCCUCGGCCAAUUACGCGAAAGAGAUGGAGAGACUGUCAGCAAAGGAGUCGCUUCUUCUUGCUUUUAAGGAUGCUGGGGGUCUUGAGGCUCUCGUUAGUGGAAAGACGACGGAUAUGCAUCGGAUCGAUGUGAAUGAGAGGAUCACGGGUCUGGAGCGCCUGAAUCCCACGCCCCGACCCACAACGUCCCCCUUUCUGGAAGGUCGGUGGAAUUUUGAGUGGUUUGGUGCUGGUAGCCCUGGAUUAUUUGCUGCAAGGAGUUUGUUUGAGAGAUUUCCAUCGACUGUAGCAAACUUAUUAGGAUUGGAUGUGCUGGUCAAGGAUGGAUAUGCAAAAGCUACAGCAAAUCUGAAGUUUUUGAACUCGAUAGAAAGUAAGUUCAUUCUGAGCACCAAACUCUCUGUAGAAGGACCACUUCGAAUGAGGGAAGAAUACGUCGAAGGGAUUUUUGAAACACCAAAAAUCAGUGAUGAGGCAGUACCUGAACAACUAAAGGGGGUGUUUGGACAAGCAGUUGGUACAUUAGAGCAACUUCCUGCUCCUAUAAAGGAUGCUGUGGCCAAUGGACUGAAAAUUCCACUUAGUGGGACUUUUCAGAGACUGUUUAUGAUUUCUUACCUUGAUGAAGAAAUACUGAUGACAUGGAAGAGACGUCAAGUUCAGAAGUUGGAGACGAAUGCCCCACUAAAAAGCCUUGUGGAUAUAGAGUUGGAGCCUUAUGUCAAGCAGCAAACUAUCACUACAAUGAAUAUGCUAGGAGGUUGGGUUUCAGCAUGGUUGAACCAUUCACAGUUAGGUCAAAGAAAGUUAAUGAGGUAUAUUGUGCAUUGUCAGAAUGUUUGUGUUAUGGAGAUAUGGAGGAAAACGAAUAUGUAGAUUGUAGACAACUUACAAAGUACAUUAAAGAGCGGGUGUAAAGCAAUGAUGAAGAUAAAAGAAUUGAGU